UACAAUUACACAAUAAAGAGUCGGCAAGAUACGACGCGGGACGGUCUUUAGGCUCUAAUCCUCCUGUCUCCGCCCAUCACCUUGCUACCCUGAAUCAUCGUCCAUUGUAUCCACCGUGUCCACCAGUUCACCACCUCACCUGCUCCAGGUAAUCAACUACCGGAAACUCUUCCGGUUGUCCACCAUAGGCCGUCAGUCACCAUCACCACUCAGGCCAAUACACAGAGCCUCGUCCAUGCAUAGAAUGUGACUAACCCCGGGACCUUUAAUUAUAAUGCUUACAUAUGUACAAUGUAUUAAUGACCCUAACCGGUCUCCGUAUAAUACAUUUAAACAGAGUGAACUCUCGCCACUUAAAAAUAUGUUUACACACCGUAGCGAACGGCACAGGGGCUAAUUUCUGUGAAAUCAGUUACGAAAAUAAAACGACAGCAGAAACUAAGUACGUGGACAAUGCUGGAUGGGUGUACAGUGAAAAGGAGCACUGGCCAAAGGAUCUGGCUGGAGCUUGUUUAAAUUCAAACUGUAAAGUCAACGAGAAAUGUACACACAAGAGAUAUUCUGAAAAUGCAUACUUUAAAUGUGUUUUGUCAGAUUGUGGAAUUCCCGAUAUCAAAGGAAUAGAUUUGAGUACAGCAAAACGUGAAGACGCCAUUGGUCUACACAGGAGAAUACACACCUCUUGUUCUGACGGAUACUCCCAGUCUGGUUCAGGACGACUGAUCUGUCAGUCAAACGGGGAGUGGAAAUACGACAUAGUCUGUGAAGAAGCUACUUCCAACCUUGCAUUGAAUAAACCUGCAACACAAUCAUCAACGUUUACAGGGCCAGAAAAUAUUCUGAACUUCUCUGCCAAUUUGGCAGUUGAUGGUAACAACGGUACAGACUUUGCCGUAGACAAGUGUUCAUGCACAGAGGGUGGAGACACAAAUCCGUGGUGGUUGGUGGAUCUGCAGGCUGUGUAUUUCAUCACAUCUGUCAGAAUAUUCAAUAGAGGAAUGGACAAGUGGGGACUAGAUGUGUCAGACCGGCUGCGGAAUGUUACCGUCACUGAAGGGCUGACAGAGUCAGAUGUCAACACUCCCUGUGGUUUCUUUGCUGGUCCCGGUACUUUGUCACAGCUGGUCGUCAUCGACUGUCCGACAUUACCACAGGGGAGAUUCGUAAAGAUCUCCAUGAUAACUGAGUAUCUCACUCUUUGUGAAGUUGAAGUGUUUGGAUACUCUGUCUAA